AUGGAUCAAACUUCAUUCAGCUCCGUCGAUGACGCGGUGCGACUAUCCUCCAAGCGCACCGCGGAGCUUUUCGGUCCCGAAUAUCUGAUGGUUACUCCCUCGACUCUCACGGACGGUUCGAUCGGUGUCUCAUACCGACGGAAAGCGGAAUAUGAAGACGUUACGGAACUACCACGCGCGCUUGCAGAGAAGCAGGCCAAGGCCACAGCGGGACGAACAAAGCGACCAAAGAUUCAGGCACAAAAACCCGCCGACGGCAGUGGAGCAUCCAUGUCGCUCGUGAGACGUCCUUCUGGAAACGGCGCUGGAGCAGCCGCCCCCGAUACCCAACCCACAAGCUUGAUCCAGAGACCCUCGGCUACCCAGCAACAGAAACCGGAAUGGCACGCGCCUUGGAAGCUGAUGCGCGUUAUCUCUGGACAUCUGGGAUGGGUGCGGGCUUUGGCAGUGGAACCUAACAACCAAUGGUUUGCCAGUGGUGCUGGAGAUCGUACAAUUAAGAUCUGGAAUCUUGCGACUGGUGCUCUGCGUCUGACCCUGACUGGUCACAUCUCCACGGUUCGCGGACUGGCCGUCUCGCCUCGGCACCCAUACCUUUUCUCGUGCGGUGAAGAUAAGAUGGUGAAGUGCUGGGAUCUGGAAACCAACAAGGUUAUUCGACACUACCAUGGCCAUCUCAGUGGUGUGUACACACUGGCUCUCCACCCUCGCCUCGAUCUACUUGUCACGGGUGGUCGCGAUGGUGUAUGCCGAGUCUGGGAUAUGCGGACACGAAGCAACGUCCACGUUCUCGGUGGACACAAGGGCACAGUCGCCGACAUCAAGUGUCAAGAUUCCGACCCCCAGAUCAUUUCCGGCUCACUGGACUCCACAGUGCGGCUAUGGGAUCUUGCUGCUGGCAAGAGUAUGGGUGUGUUGACGCAUCACAAGAAGGGUGUUCGCAACAUUGCUAUCCAUCCAACCGAGUACACCUUUGCUAGUGCCAGUACAGGCAGCAUCAAGCAAUGGAUGUGCCCCAAGGGUGACUUUAUGCAGAACUUCGACGGCCAGAACGCUGUCAUCAACUCCCUUGCCGUCAAUGAUGAGAACGUUCUUUUCUCCGGUGGUGACAACGGCUCUAUGUCUUUCUGGGACUGGAAGACCGGUCACCGUUUCCAGUCUGUUGAGACUACCGCCCAACCCGGUUCGCUUGAGGCCGAGGCUGGUAUCAUGACCUCUACCUUCGACCGCACUGGCCUCCGUCUCAUCACCGGUGAGGCUGACAAGACCAUCAAGGUUUGGAAGCAAGACGAAGAUGCUACUCCUGAAACCCACCCUCUGACCUGGGCUCCAACCCUUGGCAGACAACGGUACUAG